AUAACAGGGCAAGCCAAUUAUCAAAGGCCAUUAUGAUGUAGAAAUGAUUAGGAACUGAACCUUGCCAGAUGCUAUGCUGACAUUAAUUGUAAACUCACAUAUGGGAAAAUUCCACAACUUUCAACAAUAUGAAGGAUAGCAGCUACAAUAAUAUUGAAAUAAAGAACAAGAGUGUCAUAUUGGAGUUUAUCCUGGUUGGGCUAUCUGCAACAACUGAAAUACAGAAACCCCUCUUCUGGGUAUUCAUAUUCAUCUAUGCUAUAGCCCUCAUUGACAACUUCAUUCUUAUCCUGACCAUAUGGACUUUCAGGAAACUCCACACACCCAUGUACUUCUUCAUUGUCAAUUUGUCCUUAGUGAAUGUACUCUCUAUUUCAGUUACUACUCCUAAAUUGCUCUAUAGUCUUUGGACUGGAAGAAAGACCAUCUCAUUUUAUGGAUGCAUUGCACAGAGCUAUCUGUUUAUAUGGGCUUUAGGAACAGAACUUUUACUUCUCUCCGUUAUGGCUUUUGAUCGCUAUGCAGCUAUCUGUCACCCUUUGCAGUACACUAUGAUUAUGAGGAAGCAGGUAUGUGCUUCCAUAGUUAUUGGAGUGUGGGUUGUAGGAUUGGUCAAUUCCUCUACACAUUCUGGACUUAUGUUGCAGUUGUUUUUUUGUAACUCCAAUAUUAUCAAUCAUUUUUUCUGUGACAUACCUCCAUUGCUGCACCUCUCAUGCUCAGAUAUAACUCUAAAUGAGUUUAUGUUAUCUUUGUCAGAUGUUAUAUUUGGGAUUGGUUGUUGUGGGUUGACUCUAACAUCAUAUUUUUUUAUAAUAAGAGCUAUCUGCAGAAUCCGUUCCACUGAAGGGAAGAAGAAAGCAUUCUCCACUUGUUCCUCACAUUUUAUUGUAGUUAGUAUUUUUUAUUCCUCUGUAAUCUAUACUUAUAUCAGGCCCUCUUCAGCCUACUCUCUAGACCAAGACAAACAAAUUUCGCUUCUUUAUUCAGUGAUAACUCCUGUUGCUAAUCCAAUCAUAUAUUCACUGAGAAACAAAGAUUUCAAGGAAGGAUUGAGAACACUCACAAAGAGAAUUAGCCUACUCAGUUGAUUCAAAACCGAACUAUGUUCUAAAGCAGAAUUCUGGAAAAGCAGAAUUUCUAAUGAAUAGGUACAUUUUCAUUUAAUUCUUUUUUAUCAAAAUAUUAAUAAUUAGAAUAAUGGCUUUUUACCCUUUCUAUAGUGGCUAAAAAAUAAGGAAGUAGGAUUAGGUAUGCUUGCAUCAUUCAUAAAAAUAGUUAAAAUAGAUAAAAACAUCUAAUAAAUAGAUAAAUAAAAACAAGAAUUCUGAUAUUUGUACAAAGAUCAAUGUGAAAUGUUUUUACAGGCUUUAUAGUUUUCUUUUUUGAUCCUUUAAUGGAAGUAAACACAUUUUUGCAGGAAUAUAUAGAUAUAGUGCAUAAUUUUAAUGGGAAUAAUGUAUUUAUUUAAUCAGUGAUAUCAUCGAAGUAAGUAAAACUCUUAUGAAGUUAUUGUCAUCAGGCCAUGACCCCUACUGGAUAUGGUAUGUUUAACCUAAUACCCUCAAGAAGAAAUAAAAGCUUCUAGUGAAUUUUAGAGUGAAUGUGAACUUAAUCUUAGCCCUAAUCCUAUAUGCAUUCAAAUCAAAACUAAUUAAAGAGAAUAAUUAAUGGAUCCCCAAGUUUCAUUGUAGUUUGCAAAUAAAUCCUGUUUUGUACAUUAUGAAAUUGGUAAGUCUAAUAACUUUAAUUUUAAUUUUAUUUAUUUAUUUAUUUAUCUAUUUUUUUAUUUAAAUAGGCAACUUAAAUGGGGAGAAUCCUUUUUUUUUUACACAGUGACUUUUUUGCCUUUUCUAAAAGGUUUUAUUUUUGUGGAGAUUUUUUUAUCAGUUUUUUUAAAUGAAAGAAAAACAGCAAUAUUUUAAAUCCUAGCUUUACUUUUUCUGAAAGUUAAAGAUGUGUUUCUUGGCAAAUUUUAACCAGAAAAUAUACAUGCACACAUACAUAUGUGUGUUUGCAAAGUUUAAUUGAUAACACAAAUACAUAUAUACACAAAUAAAAUUUUGGAACUUUAAAUAAAGUUUUAUGUUUCUCCAGCAACCAAUAAAAUUAAGACAGCAACAUACUUCAGAUUGCAAAAUUUAACAGGCAAAUUGGUACAAAACACAAGGAAAAAUUAUGAAUGGCAUCAGAAACAACAUACAACCAAAUUAAUCCAUCCAACAGUGGCUCAACCUUCACUUUACCCAGAGCCUGGGAGAGUAUUUAAUAGUUUUUUGAAUAUGAUCAAUAUAGGAGCCAUCUUGAUCUCUGGGUAUAAAUCAUUCCUAAAGUCAUCUGUUUUAAGGGAGAAGGCAUGUUUUCUGGAUCCUACAUGAUGUCAAUGCUUAAACAAUGGGACCCAGAGCAGAAACAACUACAGAAAGAUGUUCUGUUAUAUAACCAGUGUCUAUGCUAUGAAGGACCUAGGUGUUAAACAGCACUGUUGAUUAGGAUUCUGAUAAUUCUGAUAAUUGGUUUAAGGAUUCUUGUAUUGAAAUGACAGAAAUAAAAUUCAGGCUUCAAGUUAUGGAAACCUUGAUAAAGAAAUGACAAGCUUACAGAUGAACUACAGGAUCAUAACUACAGGAUGCAUACAUAAGUAUUUUUGUAACUUUUGUACUUUUUCUCUUGUAAGCAAGUGUUUCUAUUAUAUAACUAAGUAAAACUAAGAAAUCUAUAUAUGCUUGCUUACAAUUGCAUUUGGGAUUCUUCCAGUUUUAUGAGAGAACCCAUC